UCCAUACAAAAUGGUUCAAUCUAACGGUGCCGAAUUGACGGAACACGAGGCCGAACUGUACGAUCGCCAGAUUCGCCUGUGGGGGUUGGAUUCUCAGAAGCGCCUGCGUUCAGCCCGCAUUCUCAUCUCCGGAAUAAAUGGUCUCGGUGCGGAAAUUGCCAAAAACAUCAUUCUGGCCGGUGUGAAAUCCGUCACUCUGUUGGAUGAUCGGAAAGUAACGGAGGAAGACUACUGCUCCCAGUUUCUUGCACCUCAAUCGUCCACCGGCAGCAAUCGGGCCGAAUCAUCGCUUGCCCGUGCGCAAAACCUAAACCCGAUGGUCGAACUGAAAGCCGACACUGACUCGCUCGACUCGAAAGAGGACGCAUACUUCAAAGAGUUCGACGUGGUUUGUCUUAUCGGUGCGUCAACGGCACAGCUUCUCCGGGUGAACGCCAUAUGCCGGGAGGCGAAGGUGAAAUUUUUUGCCACCGAUGUUUGGGGCAUGUAUGGGUUCAGCUUUGCCGAUCUGCAGCAACACGAGUUUGCGGAGGAUGUGGCAAAAUAUGUGGUUGUAUCGAAACCGAACGAAAAGCCUAAAACGGAAACCGUUAACACUACAGUCAAGUGUACGGAAGAGUAUCCACCCUAUCAGUCGCUGGUGGACUUUGAUUUCCGCGAUGCAUCGUACGCUCGGCGUCUGAAACGCAAUGGACCGGCACUGCCCGUACAACGAGUUCUGCAAACGUUCCGCGACCGAGAGCAGCGUGAUCCGGCCUAUGGCAAGCGGGAGGAAGAUUUGAAGAAAUUGUUACAGCUGCGCGAUGAGCUAGCACCAGAGUUGAUUUCGGAUCAUGCGUUCGAUCACGUGUUUGCGCAGAUUUCGCCUGUGGCCGCGAUUGUUGGGGGUGCUGUGGCGCAUGAAAUCAUUAAAGUUGUUUCGCAGAAGGAAAGACCGCACCGUAACGUAUUCCUGUUCGAUCCGGAAAGUUGCUGUGGAUUCGUGGAACUGAUCGGGGCCGAGCAGUAAUGUU